UCGGGUCGUUCCCAAAGAGUUUAGCCUGAAAACUCGCUGGGCCGGAGAGAAGCUGUGCUGCUUCUGCUUUCUUUUGUCUAGUUCUUGAUUUGGUUUGGGAUUUUUUUGUUUGUUUUUUUAACUCUUAACUACGCUCGAUUUCCAAAGAUUUUCGCCGGCCCGGCGUUGCACGAGGCGACAGUCGGAAGGCUCCGCACACUGCUCGCCUUGCUGCCAUCUCUUUUUUUUCCGUCGCUCCUGUACGGUUGCUCGAGGAGACGCCGCAUUUCGUUCCCACGGGAUUUUUGGUUUAACGGCGGUACGCUCGAGCAGCCCUCUCGGAACACGCGUGUCGCUUGUCCCCGUCGGGACCCGCUUGCGAGGAAGAGCCGAGAUUUGGAACGACUCCCCUGGCCAUGCUGGCCGCCACCUGCAACAAGAUCGGCAACACUAGUCCCCUGACCACCCUGCCCGAGUCUAGCGCCUUCGCCAAAGGGGGCUUCCACCCCUGGAAACGCUCCACCUCCAGCUGCAACCUGGGCUCCAGCCUCUCGGGCUUCACGGUGGCCACGAGCAGGGGUUCCAACGGACUGGCCAGCGGCACGGGCACCGCCAACAGCGCCUUUUGCCUGGCUUCCACCUCGCCCACUUCCUCGGCCUUCAGCAGCGACUACGGCGGCCUCUUCUCCAACUCGGCGGCGGCGGCGGGCGUGUCCCCGCAGGAGCCCGGCGGGCAGUCGGCCUUCAUCUCCAAAGUGCACAGCUCGGCGGCCGAGAGCCUCUACCCGCGGGUGGGCAUGGCGCACCCCUACGAGUCCUGGUACAAGUCGGGCUUCCACUCCACGCUCUCGGCGGGCGAGGUGGCCAACGGAGCGGCCUCCUCCUGGUGGGACGUGCACACCAACCCCGGCUCCUGGCUUGAGGUGCAGAACCCGGCGGGGGGGCUGCAGAGCUCGCUGCACUCGGGCGCCCCCCAGGCCUCGUUGCACUCCCAACUGGGCACCUACAACCCCGACUUCAGCUCCCUCACCCACUCCGCCUUCAGCUCCACCGGCCUGGGCUCCACGGCCGCCUCGCACCUGCUCUCCACCAGCCAGCACCUGCUCACCCAGGAGGGCUUCAAGCCCGUGCUGCCCUCCUACACGGACUCUAGCGCGGCGGUGGCGGCGGCCAGCGCCAUGAUCUCGGGCGCCGCCGCCGCUGCCGCCGGGGGCGGCUCGGCCCGCUCCGCCCGCCGCUACUCGGGGCGCGCCACCUGCGACUGCCCCAACUGCCAGGAGGCCGAGCGGCUGGGGCCGGCGGGGGCCAGCCUGCGGCGCAAGGGGCUGCACAGCUGCCACAUCCCCGGCUGCGGCAAGGUGUACGGCAAGACCUCGCACCUGAAGGCGCACCUGCGCUGGCACACGGGCGAGCGGCCCUUCGUCUGCAACUGGCUCUUCUGCGGGAAGCGCUUCACCCGCUCCGACGAGCUGCAGCGGCACCUGCGGACUCACACGGGCGAGAAGCGCUUCGCCUGUCCCGUCUGCAACAAGCGCUUCAUGCGCAGCGACCACCUGAGCAAACACAUCAAAACGCACAACGGGGGCGGCGGGGGCAAAAAGGGCAGCGACAGCGACACGGACGCCAGCAACCUGGAAACGCCGCGCUCCGAGUCCCCCGACCUCAUCCUGCACGAGGGGGUGGGCGCCGCCCGCGGACCGGGCAAGGAACCUACCGCGGGCCCCGGCGACUCCUAGGGGCAGCGCCGCCGGAGCCGCUCGGACUGUGCCCCGCGCCGGC